AUGACUUCCCGUCCAAACCUCAUCGCCCGAGCGGUCUUACAACAGUUCCAAAACCUCCCAUCGAAAAGGAAACCGAGGGUUCGCACUAAUGGCCUCCACGACUGGGUGCCCUUGAGCGGCAUUGUUGCGGAAAAGAAUGGGACACUGACCUGUUUGGCUUUGGCAACCGGGAUGAAAUGUCUGCCGGAGUCCAAAAUAUCAGAAUCAAAUGGUAUAGGGAUACAUGAUUGGCAUGCUGAAAUCCUGGCCAUUCGCACCUUCAAUCGGUUCCUGCUGGACGAGUGCGGCAGCCUCCUUAGGGAUGGGGUAGAGUCCGAUAUCGUGCGAAGGACAGAAAUAGUCCCAUCUAGUCAAAAUGGCGUGCAUGUAAAGCCGUUCGAAAUCAGAGACGAUGUGAAGCUUCACAUGUACUGUUCUGAAGCCCCAUGUAGGUGUUCAGGUGGUGAUGCCAGUAUGGAGCUCACAAUGGCUCUCCAGGAAGACGACUCUCCAUGGGAAGCCCCAGUGUCUGGCACACCAGACCCCGAAUCAGACCCCGAAUCGACGCCCAAAGCCUCACUUUUAGGGCGAGGACACUUCUCCAAACUCGGCAUUGUCCGCCGGAAACCCGGCCGACCAGAUGCACCGGUCACAGUUUCCAAGUCUUGCUCCGACAAGAUCGCCCUCAAGCAAUGCACCUCACUCCUAUCGUCGCUAACAUCCCUCUUCAUUGAUCCCGCAAAUGCAUACAUCCACAGUCUCAUUCUGCCCGAAUCGCAGUACUGGCCGACCGCGUGUCGCCGUGCCUUCUCGGCAGAGGGCCGAAUGAAGCCCAUGGUGGGACGGCGAUGGCCCGGGGGAUACUCCUUCAAAGAAUUCGUUACCGAAACCACAGACUUGGAGUUCGAGUACUCAAAAAGAGCAAUACAGGCCCGCUCGGAGAAGGUUGCUACAAGUAAUCUGGCCGCAGCGUGGUCACAAUCGGGCGUUGAGGAGUCCAUCAUAGGCGGCGUCGUUCAAGGCAAAAAGGCAUUCAACCCACAGGGGGCGAGUCGAAUGUCGAGGAGAGGCAUGUGGGAAGCGGCAAGAGACCUUGCCGACAGCCUCGGUCAGCAAGACCCUGGCACGGCUGAGUAUCUUAGGUCCGGUACUUAUCGGGAUAUCAAAAAGGGCCCGUUGCUGGAGGAUAGAAGACGAGUCAAGGACGACGUUCGACAGACGGCGUUGACUGGGUGGGUCAGAAAUGAUGGAGGCUCAGACUUUAGGAUAGAAGAGCGUGACAAUCAUUGA